GUGAAAAACGCUGGGACAAGCACAACCGUGACACGCCGGGCUGGCUCCUCGCCCGCAGCCUGUGCAGGCAGCGCGAACAGGCAGCGCGAACAGGCAGCACCCGGAGCUCUGCGCUCAUCCAGCCCUCGGGACCGGCCAGGCAGAGAGCAGGGAGGUGCCUUGCCCCAAACUGCGGCACCUUCCCCAGCAGCACCCCUGCAGCACCUUCCUCCAACGGCUCCAGGAACGGCUCCAGAGGGUGGUGACUGGCAGCAGUGACAGGCAGUUCUGUCCCCUCUGGGUUACUCCUGUUUCCGUGGACAGUGGGAACCCUCCCAGGCAGCAGGAUGACGCUGUGGAAUGGCUCCUUCCCCUUCUACCCCGGCACCAACGCCUGCUUCCCCGUCGACACUGCCUGGGCCAUCAUUAUCUCCAUCUUCCUCUCUGUCUUGGCCACUUCCAUCAUCAUCUUGCCGGGGAUCCGGGGCAGGGCGCGACUCUUCUGGUUCCUGCGGGUGGUGACGGGUCUCUUCAUGGGAGCAGUGGUCCUCAGCGUACAGUUCAGCAGGGACUGGGAGACGGGCUGGGUGAUGGCAAACACCUCCUACAAGUCCUUCAGCCGGGCCCUGGUGAAGGUGGACAUCGGGCUGCACAUUGGCCUGGCAGGGGUGAACGUCACACUGGUGGGAAACCCAGUGAAUCAGGUCAAUGAGACCAUCAACUACAACGAGCACUUUGCCUGGAGCUUCGGUGCAGACUACGACCACAGCUAUGGUGAAGGACUGGAGAAAGGGCUGCCCAACCCCAUCCUUUAUGUGGCAGAGAAGUUCACCACGCAAAGCCCCUGCAACCUGCACAGGCAGUACCGCAUCUCCGGCCACUACGCGUCCCUCACGCUGUGGAUGGCCUUUUGCACGUGGCUCAUUUCCAUCCUGUUGUUCUCCAUGCCCAUCCUGCUCUACGGGGGCUACAUGCUCCUGCUCACUGCUGUGCUGAUGCUCUUCUCACUGCUCUUCUUCUUCACUGCGAGGAACACCCCAAAGUGCCCCAUCCAGUUUGGCCGAGCUGCCUUGAAAACAGACUACGGUGGAUCUUUUUGGCUGACAUUAGCGACAGGGCUGCUGUGCCUGCUGCUGGGGCUGGGCAUCAUCAUCCUCAACUCCCUGCGGCCGGAGAAGCUGAAACUGGUCUUUAACCUGGACGAGGACAAGGGAGAAGAAGAAGAGGUGUGGGACAAGUCCUGCCAGCCAGCUGAGCCCAGCUCCUCUGCACGGGAUGUGCUGAUGGUGCCCCUGGGCGAGCUCUGCGAGGUGACAGCCACCCGGCUGUAAGGCACUGGCAAAGCCCAAGGACACCCCCCGAAUUCACGCUCUGGUCCAAUUCCCCCAGGAGGGAUGUGUCACAGCAAGAACUUGGUGACAAGUCUUGGAAAGGUGUCUCAAACACGACAGUUUGCCCCGGUUUUCCUUUGCAGCUGUUGUACUCACCAGCAGCUGGAAGAGCUCCUGCCUCAUCCCUGGCUGCCCAGUUGCAGGCGCUGGGCUACUGCCCUGUCACUUAGUCUAUCCCCAACCAACUUCAAGAGUCCUCCUUAAGAUGCAGAGAGUAAACCAGAACAAACUGGAGAUAAAUCAAAUAAACGCAGAAUAAAUAUGAACCAAAGGAGAAGUAGAGCCCCCCCCGCCCAGGUUCACCUUUACCCCAAAGACCUCUCAGAAGUCCUGUCUGCCCAGGGAUGCUCGUCCCAUCAGUGGUCAGGAAGAGCAAGCAGAGCUGUGGUCACCAAGGUGUCCCGUAUCCCGCACCUUCUCUUGAAGAGUAGAUUGUCAAGGAGGUCUGUGAUUGCUGGAGAUACCAGACCUUGAAGACACCCUGGAUUUCAGACCCAACCUGGCACUGCACAGCCCAGCUUUGUUGUGGGUCUGAGAUGCACUGGGCUGUACAUUGGGUUGGAAACAUUGCAGUCAGGAGCUGGUUGGUUGGCUCCUUCUUUUCACAGUGCUUAUGAAGACCUCAAGCCACAGCCACCAGCCUGUGAGCUAUCGGUGCUCUCACAGCCCUCUGAAAGGGAGACAGAACGUUUUGGUGGGAGAGAAGCAGAGGAGAAGGUGGAAUGAAGGUGCCGCAGUGCCCUGGAGAGCGGCUGUAAUCAGUUAGCAAGAGGUGAGCAUCACACCUGGUCUGGGAGGUUUGUCUUCCUCCUGCUCAGCCGUGGAGAUACACGUCAUGGGGCAGGUGACACCGAAACCCUGCACACCCAAGGUGGGUGCAGCCAACCACCAACACCUAGCAGGUACCUUGUCCAUGCAGGGGGGGAGCAUGUUUCAGGUUUUCACCCCUUUAACUGUGUGCAUGUUUUGCAACUUGUUUUUUUUCUGUUUUGUGUUCACCUAUCUUCCCCUCUGUCUCAAUAAAAAAUAAGUCGGACUUGG